AUUGCCGAAACCGCGCCGAGUUUCCCUUUCUCUCCUCUCCACCUCUGCCAUCAACAACUCACACAACCACAGCAGCUGCCAGCGAGUGAGCCAGACAAUCAGAGCGAGCAUCCACAACUGCGCCAGAAUCGGCUCAUUUAAACAUACAAAGAGGCGUUUAAACCUGGACAAGGAGGCAGAGCGCACGCACGCACGCGCGCACCCUACCCUACCUAAACUUGAUGGACCCGCCGCUCAAGAGCCCCGCGUCGGCACAGAGGGAUACCUCGCCCAGCCCUCCAGUGCCGAACCGGAUCCGGCGCAAUACAGCCUGCACGAGCUGUCGCGACUCCAAGGUCAAGUGCAAUGCGAGCUACACGCCCAAUAAGCCGUGUCAACGUUGCUCUAAGCUCGGUAUACAAUGUGUCAUUGACAAGUCUCACAAGCGGAUGACCAGACGAAGCAAACUAGAACAACUCGAAAAAGAAGUCCAAACUAUCAAGAAUGCCGUCAACCCGAGCCCCGUCUCCGCCACUGGCAUCCUCCCUCCGGCCGCCUUGCCGUUGCCGCUGCCAAGCCCGAGCACCGCCUACCCCGGCGCCGCCAGUGCCUUUUCGGACCACCGGCCGCCCCCCUCCGCAUCAAGGGUGAGCCUGCCGGCCUUGUCUCCCGUUCAACAGGCCCGCCAGCCGGAGCAGGUCCCAACGCCGACCCUCACAUCGCAUACAACGCCUACAGGUCCCGCCAGACAGCCCGCGCAGCCGAGGGCUCUUGGGUCCAAGGUACUGUCUGGGGAGGAUAUCGAUUUUUACUUUGACCACUACUUUGAGCAUUUCCACCCCUACUUCCCCAUCGUUCGCUCUCAGGACCCAGACAAGCUCUAUAAACAGAGCCCCAUCCUCUUCUGGACCCUCAUCGCCAUCUCCUCGCGGCGGUACACCCGCGAUGCCGGACUCUUCCCCUUCCUCAUCGAGAACCUGCCCCGCGAAGUCUGGGCCGCCGUUUCGAACCCGCCGAUCAGCAUGUCUACUGUUGAUGCCCUGCUCGUCCUCUGCACAUGGCCCUUACCCUCCAUCCGCUUCCUCAACGACCCAUCAUCCUCUUACGUCGCCAUUGCGCAGAACGCUGCGCUGCUGCUGGGUUUGCACACGGGCCGCGGUACUCAUCCCGAGUUUUGCAUAGGGCCGAACCGGCAGACUGAUAUUACGGACGAAGAGGCGUGUUUUACGUGGAUGGGGUAUAAUAUCCAGGCUCAGAGAGUCGCCUCAAGUAACGGUUUCCCGCCCCCGGCCGGCUUCUUCAAUGAAGCCGUCAAUAGGGCCGCCGGCGGAAGAUCCCUACCUGAUGCCCUGGGCUACUUUGGCCUGCUUUACGAGAUGCAAAAGUUUUCCAACAGACUGAGCCGGACCGUCUUCUCCGUCGCCGAAGAAGGCGAAGGCGUGCCGGACACCGUCAUUCAGCUGUUGGAAGACGAGCUGAACAAGCUAAAGCAGCUACAGGCUCGACACAACUCUGACCUCGACCUCUUCACCAUCCUAGCAGUCCAAUUCGAGCUCCAAUCCUACUACUUCAUCCCCCUCUCCACCGUAGACAAACCCACCUUCCGCCACAACGUAAACCGCGCCUAUAGCACUGCCCAGGCCCUCAUCAACCUGUCAUUACGCCUCGAGUCCUCGCACCGCUUCCUCCUACACGCCCCGCAACACGUCUUCCGCACCAUCCUCGACGCCGCCGCCGUGAUAUUCGACGUCCUCGUCUCGGGCCACGCCACGGACGUCGAGCUCGCCAACGCCGAUGUCUCGGUCAAGAACGCGCAGGAGGCCCUGCGGCGAUGUUCCGUGCAGGAAGGCGAUUUCGCGAUGCGCGUACUGCGCAUGUCGGAGAGUUAUUGGAGUCUGAGGCACAUGAUGCCUAAGCUGGAGGCGCCCAUCUCGCAGUAUCCGCACCGUACGGGUGCUGUCAUCGCGUUUGGGACGCUGAGGCGGUGGAAGAAGGAGCUUGAUCAGGCGAGGGUCGGGCAGGGCGGUUCUGGUGUUGGGGUUGGUGGUGCCGGCGGUGUUGCUGGCGGAGCAGGCGGCGUUGGACAAGGGACCGGGGCGGGGGGCACGGCGUCGACGCCGGCGGCGACGGAUGCGAACGCGAGCCUUGUGCCGACGAGUGACCCGCUGCAGGAUAUCGACUGGUCGAUGCUCAUGGACGACUUCGACUGGACGGCCGGGGGCGGAGGAGAGCCGAAUUUCCUUGGUCUUUCAUAGUAGGUGUUGUGUGUCUGUGAGAGUUACGGCUAACGUCGCGUGUGUUCCCUCGAUACUUUUCUUCCCUAUUCUUUUAUCCCUUGCAAGCAAGCCGGAGCAUUUUGGUGGCUGGAUAUCUUUGCAUCAUUUUG